UUGUUUGUGUUUUUUUUGUGUCACCGGUGGCUAGUCAUCGUUUCCAAGCGUGGAGAAUCAAGAUACUAAACCGUAGGAAAAGUGUGGCCAACGACUCUGGCGGGAGGGGGUGCUUUCCUUCAACCUCGAUUUCAUCAUUUUACCACGGCAAAACGGUAAGGGGAAACAGGUCGACCCCCAUCUCAGGGGAAGGUUUAACCUGCUGUACUCCAUAAAGAACAGUUUUCUGUCCCCCACAAAUUCCAGCCAACGGUUAGAAUUAUGGCGAAAAGUGCAAAAAAUUAUCUUACGGGUAACAACAUACAAAUUUGACAAUUCAUGGCAAUUAUCGCAACCAACCCCGGUUUCGAGGAGGGGAAUCAUGAGUGGCCCAUUGAAAUUAUAUAUAAACACGCUGUUUUGUUCCCACCUUCAGUCUUCUUGUUGUUGUUCUUAGCAAAACGUUUUGUAGCGGAUUAAUAAUUUCACACAUUGGGACUGUCAAAACAAUGGGUGAGCAAUUGUUAUUUAAGGAUAAAGUUGUCAUCAUCACCGGUGCCGGUGGUGGUUUGGGAAAGCAGUACGCACUCGCUUAUGCAAAGAGAGGUGCUAAAGUUGUCGUGAACGACUUGGGAGGCUCGUUGAAAGGUGAUGCUGGUGGAGAGAAUCACAGGGCGGCAGAUGUCGUUGUCAACGAGAUCAAAGCCGCCGGUGGUGUAGCUGUGGCAAAUUACGAUUCCGUGGAGUUUGGUGAUCGUAUUGUUGACACCGCGGUGAAGAACUUCGGUACCGUUCACGUUAUCAUCAACAAUGCCGGAAUCUUGAGAGAUUCCAGUUUCAAAAACAUGACGGAGAAGGAUUUCCAAUUAGUCCUUGCCGUGCACCUGAGAGGUGCUUACAAGUUGACCAAGGCUGCUUGGCCAUAUUUCAGAAAUCAGAAAUAUGGUCGUAUCGUUAACACUUCUUCUCCAGCUGGUUUAUACGGUAACUUUGGACAAGCUAACUAUGCCUUGGCCAAGUCUGCCUUGAUCGGUUUUGGUGAGACGUUGGCUAAAGAAGGUAGCAAGUACAACAUCAAUGUUAACAUCAUUGCGCCAUUGGCCAGAUCAAGAAUGACGGAAGAAAUUCUCCCAAAGGAUAUGCUAGAGAAAUUAGGACCAGAAAAGGUUGUGCCAUUGGUUCUUUAUUUGACUCAUGAAUCUUCAACCUCCACAAACUCCAUCUAUGAGGUUGCAGCUGGUUUCUAUGGCCAAAUCCGUUGGCAGAGAUCUUUGGGUGAACUCUUCAAGCCUGAUGAAACUUUCACUCCAGAGGCUAUUUUGAACAAGUACAAAGAUAUCUUCAAGUUUGAGAAUAAACCAUUCAACAAAGUUUCGUAUCCAAACCAGCUUUCAGAUUACAACAGAUUGGUUGCAGAGAGCGUGAAACUCCCAAAGAAUGAGCAAGGAAACAAGAAGGUUUCUCUAAAAGAUAAAGUUGUCAUUGUUACAGGUGCUGGUAAUGGUCUCGGUCGUGCACAUGCCUUGUUGUUUGGUAAGUAUGGUGCAAAAGUGGUUGUCAAUGAUAUUGCCAACCCAGACAACGUUGUCAACGAGAUCAGACAAGCUGGUGGUGAUGCUGUUGGUGACAAAUCCAACGUUGUCACUGAAGGUGAAGGUAUUAUCAAGACUGCAUUGGACACCUAUGGUCGUGUCGAUGUACUUGUUAACAAUGCUGGUAUCUUAAGAGACCGCUCUUUCCUCAAAAUGACCGAUGCUGAGUGGGACCAAAUCCAAGAUAUCCAUGUUUUGGCACCUUACAGAUUGUCCAAGCUUGUUUGGCCUUUGUUCUUGAAACAGAAAUCAGGUACCAUUAUCAAUAUGACAUCUACAUCUGGUAUUUAUGGUUCCUUUGGUCAAGCUAACUAUGCUGCUGCAAAGUGUGGUAUCAUUGGAUUUACCAAGACAUUGGCCAUUGAAGGUGCCAAGCACGGUAUCAGAGCAAUUGCAAUUGCACCACACGCUGAAACAGCCAUGACAAAGACUAUUUUCAAGGAGGAUGAGUUUAACAAGUUUGAUCCUUCACAGGUUUCUCCAUUUGUUGUGCUUGCUGCUUCAGAUGCCAUUAAUGCUUCAGGCUUGGUAUUUGAAGUUGGUGCUGGUUGGAUUGGUAACACCAGAUGGCAAACAGCUAAAGGUGCCGUUGGAAAGGGUGAAAUUGAACCCGAGUUCAUUAGAGACCACUGGAAUGAGAUUGUCGACUUUUCUGAGCCAGCUUAUAACAAAUCCACUCAAGAUUCUUCUCUAAACAUUUUGGGCGCGUUGGCCAGAGAUGAAGUUGAUGGAGAUGACGACGAUGAUGACGACGACGAUGAAGAGGAUUCUAAGGAUACUUUCAAGUACACUGAACGUGAUGUCAUCUUGUAUAACUUGGGUCUUGGUGCCAAAGCUAAAGAACUCAAUUACGUUUACGAGGGUGAUCCAAACUUUGAAGUCAUUCCUUCCUACGGUGUUAUUCCAUUCAUGGAUGAGAGUGGUGGUUUAGAGGUUAACAAAUUGUUGACUAACUUCAACCCUGCCUUGUUGUUACACGGAGAGCAAUAUUUGCGUUUGCACAAGUUCCCAUUGCCAACUAGUGCAACAUUGCGUACAGAGGCGUACCCUGUGGAGGUUCAAAACAAGGGUUCUAAGGCAGCUGUUGUCGUUGGUGGGUUCAAGACUUACGAUAAGAACACUGGUGAGUUGAUUUUCUACAACGAGUCAACUACUUUUAUCAGAAAGGCUCAGGCAGCUGAUGGUUCCAAGAAGUACAAGGACAGAACCACAUUUGCUGUUGCUUCUCAUGAAGCCCCAUCGGCCACGCCAGAUUAUGAAAUCACUGUUCCAACGUCUGAAGACCAAGCUGCAAUCUAUAGACUGUCAGGUGAUUACAACCCGUUGCACAUUGAUCCAAAAUUCGCCGCAAAGGCAAACUUCCCAAAGCCAAUCUUACACGGUUUGGCCAGUUUUGGCAUCACUGUGAAACAAUUGUACGAAAAGUUUGGUCCAUUCAAGGAGAUCAAGGUGCGUUUCACCAAUGUGGUUUACCCAGGUGAGCAUUUGAAGGUUAAGGCAUGGAAGAAUGGUAACAAGGUUACUUUCCAAACGUGGUCUGUUGAGCGUAAUGUUUGUGUCAUCAACAAUGCCGCAUUGAACUUGGGCACUGGUGCUAAGUUGUAAAUUAAUAAAUAGGAAAUAUAACGAACAUGUGAGUAUGAAA